AUGGCCAUUCCUCCAAAGGCAGUUGAUCACAUCACCAAGAUCAUGGCUUCUGAUUUGGGGCCCUUGCAGAAGUGGAAAUCCAUCAAGGACAUGCUGUUGGAGUGUGGGGUUGCCUAUGUGGCUACUGCAAAGGCAACAGCUUUUGUUGUUCACCCCAAGAACCGAAGUGGUGCCCUCAUUAGCCCACAUGGUUGUCACCGCAAAGGCUUGCAGAUCAUGAAAGCUGGUGCUGACAUCAGCUUGUUGGGGAACAGUGUUUGCAUAGAGCUGAGCCCCAAUAUGGCUGAAAGGCAAAAACAAAUAGAUCCUUUUGAGAAGCUGGUUGCUUCCACACCUUUGCUGUCCCCUUUGCUGGGCACUGAGAGGUAUGCAUCUCUCAGCAGUGGGCAUACAUGCCAAUUUGUGAAGGCCCUUGUGCAUGGGUGCCCAACCUGUGAAGAAGAUUUGGCAGGCACUAAUGGCAAGCUUGGAGCACAUGUGUGGCAGUCUGACAGGGACUUGAAAACUAUGGUUGAAGCUGGGUGGGAGUGGCUAGUGCUGCCACACACUGUGGAAGCACAAUUUCCACAGCUUCCAGAACUCAUCCAGCAUGCCCUCAACUGCCCCAACUCAGUCUUUGCCUCCCAAUCAGAAAUGGAAUUGGCAUCUUCAAUUUGGGAUGCUGUAUCAAGCAACCCCCAAAAGGAAGUGAACUGGGAUGAGGUGUCCAUGCAUGGUUGUACAGGGGGCAAUGUCCAAGAUUAUGCCAAAACAAUUGGGAAGUUUGUCAAGCUCUACUCUGGUAAUGGCCAGCUACUUGAUUUCCUGAAUGUCUUCAGCAAAGAGUUUGGAGAGAAUGCUGUCCUUGGAAUAGAAUUCUUUUCCUCUGUUGUUGACAUGGUGAUCAACAAUGUGGACCUGUUCCCAUUCCUGCGAUGUGGCCUCAUUGUGACCAACCUGACCUGUGGCAAAGCUAGGUGUGUUGAUGGCUUUGCUAGGCUGCUCACCAAAAGUGAUGUAGAGAGGUGCAAGGGAACAAAGCUUAGGCAACAAGUUCAAGAUGUUGAGAGCUUGCUGCAAUCUAAGUGGGGGGAGGUGUUUGCAGCCCCACAAGAGAAGAAGCACAUCUACUACAAGGCUUUUGGUAAGUGCUGCAUCAGGGCAAUCCUUUUGCUUACUGGCAAAUGGAAAAUGGGCAGAGAAAACAAAGAAUACAAGGACAUUGAAAGCAUCAAGGGUGCUUAUGACAAUGAGCUUGCUUCAUCCACACCCACAGAUAUCAAGGUCACAAAGGAACUCAAACCCUCAAAGGGGAAGGCACCUGCAUUAAUUGCUGAUGAUGCAGCAAAGUUGACCCCUACUUUGGUUUGCAGAAAGGAAAAUGACAGGGCUUACAUCUAUGGUGUGUUGUUUAGCAUGUGCAAGUCCUACCACAAGAAAGUGUUGAUCCAGGAGGACCCUGUCAAGAGGAUCUACACUGAUGGCCAGGCCAAACAACAUGAUUUGACUAUGGUCCCCAUGACUGACAAGGUUGACAAGAUUGUCUUGAAGUCGCCUGGCCAGCUGUCCAAGUUUGCAAAGGUCUCCUAUGGGGGCACUGAGUGGUACAUCUUGCCACCCAAGCCUUGGAAAUGUGUUGAUGGGACAUGCACUGGUUUGGUUGUUCCCUUUUGGGUGGCAUGUGGCGCCAUGGUCAAGGAGGAUUCCAACAUGGCAUUUGAGAUGAAGGAUGUCAAGGGCUUGAAGGUUCAGGUUCUCUCCAACCCCAAGCAGCUGCCUGCCAAGACUAUGCUCUCAGUAGUGGAUCCUAGUGCUGCUCACAGUAGCAAGGGCAAGGGUAAGAGUGCCAAAAGGGAAGCUUCUGGCAAAGCUCCAGCUGCAAAGAAAAUCAAACAGUAA